AUGAAUGCUGUCCCUCCACCUGCCCUGGAAGGCAUCGCGGAGCAUGACGGACAGACUAGUUUCGGCGAAUGGCUUCAGACCUGUGCCCGUGAGGGCUCAUCCGAUCUACAACUGGAGGCCCAGUCGCUUAUAUCGCUCAACAAGUUGAUGCAGCAAGCGCAAAUGAGGGCUGAAGAGAUUCAGCAUGUUCGGGGAAUUGCUGCAGGACUCUUAAAUACGGCAUUGGUCUCUCAAGCUCUGAAGGUCCAGAACACGAGCCUGACGCUUAAAUCGGAGCGUAAGGCAUACUUGCAAGGCGCAGCAUUUGCGGAUUCUGAUCUGUUUCGGGGGACCGAAGCCGGGAGUAGUGGUUCCGGAGCCGCCGGCUCCGCGGCUCCGCGAGGGCGCGGCACCUCAACCUAG